CACACGCAGCAAGCGCACGCCGCAACAAACGGUGAUAUUGAUCAUAUCUGUAAUGAUAAUGUCUCACUGUCAAUAAUAGUGUCAAUGUUUUGAUUUUAAGAAGUGAUUGAUUGCUACGAUGAAGAAUAUGAUCAAUCGUUAUUUCAUCUCUAAAUUAUACCAUUCAGUAUUAAAACAUUAAGAACAUUACUAUUCUCAUGAAUUACGUUGAUAUAAUCAUCUCAUUCGUCCUUUACAAUGAAACAGAAAAUAAUGGCUUAAUGUGCGAUAACCUUUCAUAACUACAUUUCUUUGUAGAAGAAGGAUAUAAAUUUGUAUACUUCUCACACUUUUAUCAUGACAAUGGUAUCCAGUAUUUUGGAGGCUGUUGGUAACGGAGAUCUGAACCAACUACGGAAAAGUAUUGCUUUUCAUAAAAUCAUUGAUGAUGAUUGGACUGACUAUAAACUUUUAAUAGCAUCACUGAAUCAAGAAAACAAGGAUGUAAUAAAAUUACUCCUGAAUAAUGGUUGCAGAGUACAACAUGUAUCUAAGAAUCAUUUUAAAGAUUCACCUUUAUAUUGUGCAAUCUUCAAACAAGAUGAAGAUAUUUUAAAAUUAUUAUUGAAGCAAGUAUCGCUCACAAGUAUUGAUUAUGAAAGUGAAAGUAUAUUUGAAUCUAUAACAAAGAUUAGUCAUGAAAAAAUUAAAUUAAUUCUCGAAGCCUACAUCGAUCAAAAUAUUAAUCUUCCAGAUCAUGAUGGAUUCACACCCUUUCAUUUAGCUUGCUACAUUGGAGAUAUCAAUUUGGUAAAACAAUUUCUUAGUUUUGAUUGUGAUCCAGACUGUUGUAUACAUGUUUAUGCAAACUCUUUUGCUGGCUACUCCGCUCUGCAUUUUGCAGUUGAAAGCAGAUGCCCGCAAACAGUUGAAUUACUUUUGCAAGUUUGUAGUAAUAUUAUGGUAAAAAAUUUAAUAGAUCAAUCUCCAUUUUGUUUGGCAUGUGAGAAGAGAAUCGAACCAAUUAUAGACUUAUUCAUAAAAGUAUACAGCCAAAAAAAUAUCAAAUGCAUUGAAGAUGAAGCAUUUGCUUUGUUAUAUAAAGAGUUGAUGAUAAGAGAUUUGUCUUUCUGCCUCAAAUAUGCUAGAGGUGUUUUGUGGACUAGCUGGACAUGGCUGCACUUUGCAAUAAUUAGACAAAAGACACAAUUAGUUAAAUUUUUACUAGAAUUUUCUGAUAAUAAUCUAGUAAAUGUAGCGGACAAAAGUGGGCUUACACCAUUACAUUUAGCCUGCCAAUGUAGUUUUAAAACAUCUCGCGAAGUUUCAACGCAAGUCGAAUCUCGCUACUACGAGCCCAAAAAAAUUAAAAAGAGCAAACCAGCAAAUAUAGUUGAAAUAGUUGAAAUGCUUCUAGCAAAUGGAAGUAAUGUCAAUGCAAAAGAUGAUUUUGACAGAACGCCGUUGUUCUACGUACUGGAAACAUUCAAGUGCAUAGACCCAAAUGGAAUAAGUCAAAUAACAAGAUCAAAUUUAAUUCGUAUUCGUUUACAACUAUUCAAAAUACUUGUAGAUUACAAAGCCAGAAUAGAUAUAGCUGAUAAAGAUGGUAUGACUUUAUUACAUCACUUGUCCGACAGAGACUUGAUAUUUUACGAGCAUGAUAAGAUAAAGUUAGCUCAGCAAUUGUUAUCGAUGGGUGCAGAUGUUAACGCCAAGACACGUAGAAAUGUAACACCACUGUUCUUGUCCAUACGCAACAAGUUCACCGACCUAGCCAAAUUGUAUAUUAACUCGAAUGCAGAUGUCAAUUGCGCUUGCUCGUACUUCAAUAAGUUUACACCACUGCAUGCUCUUCCAUAUUACAACGAGUACAACUACGAGAGCAAUUAUUUGCUGAGACAGCUACUGGAACACGGAGCCGACGUUAAUGCUUCGGAAACUGAUAACGCCACAGCUCUGCACAUAGCAAUAGACUAUCAUGGCCUGGAGGGCAAUAUCCUUGACGAUAGGGAUGAAAUGGCUACGGCAUUGCUGGACUACGGAGCAAAUGUCGACGCGUUGGAUAAACACCGACAAACUCCACUUCACAGGGCAUGUCUGAAUCGUUACAAUAAGGGUACCAUUGUGCUUCUAGACUACGGUGCAGAUAUCAAUAUCGAGGACGAUUUCAGUCACACUCCCCUCGACUACGCUGGCUAUCGGAUUCAGCAGGAAUCCAAUCCCUCGUUUUUUUACACCAUCAGACAUCACGUGCACAAGUUGAAAUUCAUCGGCUGCCACGUGAGCGGCAAGAAUGAACAAUGCCUGCAGGAGCUGGAAAAGUUUUACGCGCAUCGAUUUAAAAUUCCAAAGAUCGAGGAAUUUCUCGGUCUGUGUGCCAAGGAAAUUGCCAAAAUGAAAGAUCUUAAACUCGACAAUUACACAACCAUGUACGAUAUUCUGUUGAAGAGUGCUAACGACAUGACGAGGCACAUAAAGAACGACGAGUUUGCUAAAAUCAUGAGGACCAAACGUUACAAGAUUGACUUCAAAAUCUACGGCUACUUGUUGCAGCUGCAAUAUCAGCGAGGAUUGAAGAGGAGUAAACUGAUGGAGCCGGCGCAGACAUCUCUAAAAGCUCUAAGUGACUGCGAACUGCCCGAUACUUCCAUCAAGAUUAUUUUCGAUCAUCUUAGCGAUGCGGACCUCCAGGAUCUUAUUGACGCUUACUAGUUUCGUAUUUGAAGAUAAAAAAAAAUAGAGAGCGGAGAAAAUGAGAUGUAUGCGCGUUUGUUAUUGUUUAAUAAAGCUUUUCUACGGUUU